UGGUGUCGGGAAGGGUUUAAGGGAGUUUGGAGGCGAAGAAAGAAUCGAAUAUCAACAAAAGCCAAAGAAAAAAAAAAAAAAGAGAAAAAACCCUCGGAUCUUCUCUUCUCCGUAUAAUGGAUCCAUACUCUUCGUCGUCGUCGUCGUCAAGUGGGGCGUCGCCGCAGGUUUCGACGGAGGACAUCAUGGACCAGGUCAAACUCCAGCUUGCCCAGGCCUAUGCCGAAGAGUUCCUCGAGACUUUGAGGGGAAAGUGCUUUGAGAAGUGUAUCACCAAACCUGGGAGCAGCCUGAGUGGUAGUGAGAGUAGUUGUGUCUCAAGGUGUGUGGAUCGCUACAUUGAAGCCACCGGUAUCAUCAGCAGAGCUCUUUUUCGAACAUCAAGCUGAAGUUUGUGAUCUGACAAUUUUUAAAACUUUCUUCUGGAAGUUGUUGGUGGGCAGUUAGGAGGUUGUCGUUUUCUAUUUCUGAUUAUCAUUGAUAACAUAGAAAUUUGAUAUUCUGAUGGGGUCUGUAAUCCCACCUGGUUCAUUCCAGAAUACGUCAAACUUUUUUGCUUCUUGUUGGUAAAUUGCACUUUAUAGCCAAGUGGACAUGUCGAUCGUUAUAUGGCAACGCUCGCUGUCGACAGAUUGGGGUCUCAGUGCCAAAAUUAUGUUUUUAUCA